CAUAUGAAUACAAUGACUAAAAACGAAUAAAUACAAUGUCACAUGGAUGGAAAAAAAAUUAUCAUCAGUGCAUUUUUGUAACUCUUCCAAAUAGAAAUGGUGAAUUUUUGGUGAAUAAUUGCCAGAAUGUGGUUAAAAAUGAAGUUCUCGUUAUUGCGCAGCAAAUUCUGUCGUAAGAGCAUUCUGAUGCUUCGUGUACAUUCGGCCACCUUCGGAACGAAUCUCGGGGCCUAAAUGUAAUGUAUUCCACGCUCGAUGCGCAAACCUGUCGAUGACGCUUGUUCGCGCGGUUUCUUUAAUUCGCAUUUGUGUCUGAAAAUAUUAGUGAUACAUAGGGCAAUAAUAACGAUGUUCACGAAUCGUUUUAUUGUCGAUCGAAGUGUCCCUGUUCGCUUCGUAGCAUCUCUUUGGUGUUGAAUAAAUGUUUCAUUGAAGCUUAAACCAGCUUGUGUAUUCUCGGUUCUCAUAACCUUUAAUGCCAACACGAAAUGAUUUGCCCUUUUUAAGUGGCAUAACUUUUAAGUGAUUUUUAUUAUACUUGUAAUGGAGAAAAAACAAACUGGAAUAGCGCAUGAUUCAGAAUCCAGUUCUACAAUCUCUUGUAUUGAUAGAAUCAAUAUUGAACUGUCAAAAAAGAUUAGUAUUGAUACUACUGAUAAUGAACUAUCAAAAGAGAGAGAAGACGAAUUAUUAUUUGGUGCAGAAGAAGAAGGAGAUGAUGAAGAUGUACUAUCCGAUGAUAGUUUGCGUUUAAGAUUAUCAGAUGAUGAAGAUGUGGAGCAAGAAGAUAAUAUAACAAACUCUACAAAUAUUACGGAAUUUAAAUUAAAAAAUAGACAAAGUGAAUAUGUAGAUGUAAUCACAGAAAAAAAUUUAUGCUCUGACAUACAACAAAUUGUUGAAGAAGUCUACAAGCCUGAUGAUGGAAAAUUGGAGCAGAAGAAUAAUUCAGCAAUUAAGACGUCCCAAAAUUCAACAUUAUUCUUAGAUGAUACAUCAGAAAACAAACGAAAACAAGAUAAUAUAUGUAAUUCGGAAAACAGCAGUAUGACUGUUAGUACAUCUACAGAAAAAUGUACUUCCAACUCUAAUAAAGAUUUAGAAAUUACUGUUGCAAGCAUUGAAUGUUCAAAUGCAGCAUCUGAACAACAUAUAGCAUUAGGAAAUGAUAAUUUAUCUACAAAAAAUCAUAUACAAAUAAAUAAUCUUCAAAAUGCAGAACCAGUAACUCACAGUAAUGAUAAUUUAAGAGAAACAAUCAGUGAUAAUAAAGAAACGAAUGCCACAAAUACUUGUGAGCUAAAUAAAUUGGAUAAUGUAGACAGUAAUAAUCUUGUUAUAGAUUCCGCUAAAGCUCAGGUUUAUAAAAGUGAAAAAUUAUCUACAUUUGCAAUUAUUGCUAACAGUGAUGAUAAUAAUUUAAGCGAAAAAGUAGUAGAUAAAACUUUUAAUGAUGAUAAUCAUUCUGUAAAAUGUUCAUUUGUCGAAAUUAAUAAUAGUCAAGAUCCUAAAAAUUCAAUCAAAUCUGAAAAUUCUGAUAAUUCUGAUUUAUUAUCUCAUAAAGAUUAUGUUGAACAUGUAAGUAAAACUUCAGAACACAAGGAUAUAAUACAAAGCAAAGAUACAUCAAAGAUACAACCUAUGAAAAAAGAGAGCAGUACUUUAUUAAUACAAGAUCAAAAUAAUUUGCUCAGUAUAAAAGACAGAAAUAAAGAAGAAAUAAAGAAAGAAAUAAAGAAUGAAGAUCGUAAUAUUAAUGAAUCUGUAACGCAAAUUAUAAAUAAUAAUUCUACAAGUACAUUGCAAAGAAUUUUAGAAUCUAUUGAUGUCAAAAAUUCUGAUAAUGAGAUUAAAAGUAUAAAUGUUACAAGAAGGAAACGAUCGAAAAAAACAAUUAAUACAGUAGAAAAUUGUGUUGAAGAAGACAAGCAAGGAAAAAAAGAAAACGGACGACAAAAAAGGAGAACUGCUAGAAAUGCAGAAGAGCUAAUCAGAAAAAAGUGUCUUAAUAGCGAUAGUGAUUCUAGUGAUUCUAGUACAGAACAAUUUGUACCAGUGAAUCACAAAUUGAAUCAGGAUAUACGUUCUGCGUCACCCCCUUCAUUAAAACGUAAUUGUUCAGACAAUGAAAUUUUUAAUAGUGUUAAGAAAGUGAAAAUGAGUAUUAAAUCUGAGGGAAAAAAUGAUAUUACAAAAUUAGCCUUUGUUGAGAAAUUUUUCCAAAGGGAUAUGAAAGAAAAAUUGCCGAAACUUACGCAGGAGGAACUGGAAGAACUUUUAAUUCAGAAGAUUGCGGAAACGAUCACGAUGCAUAGUGAAAUUGGACAAUUGAGAGAACAAGCUCGCAUCUCGGAGAAAUAUCAAGAAGUAAUGCGUACAAAGCUGCAGCAAUUAACAAAGCAAGUGAAAGAUUUUGAAAUGGUGGUAAAUCGUAACACAAUAGAUCGUCGUGCGAAUCCCGACAAGCCUGUUGCGCCUAUAAAAAUAAAUAGAUCCGUAGGCUUACAAGUCAAUUUCAUAACGGAACAUGGAAUACAGAGCUUACGACAGGUACAACAAACCUCGCAUGUUAAGCCUGUGACCGCUCCAAGUAAUGUUAGUUCCUCACCAGCUGAGUCAAAUAAUAACAACAAUAAUGCAACAAGACGCAAUGGUAUCAAAACAAGAUCGCCCCGACCUGCAGCGACUACGUCAACUCCUACAGUUCCACAGAGUCCGAUACAAACGGCGCCUCUUAUUUCUACUGUGACACCGGCGGCUCUAGUUGUUGCUAAACCCUUGGAUUCCACACACACGCUAACAUUAUCUAGCCAACCCCCUGGCCUUCAGCCAAUUUUACCUGCUCCACAACAACAGAUUCAGACACAUCCGCAACAAGCUAUUGUUCUAAAUGGUAAAAUACAAAAUCAAGUAAAUCGUCCAACAGUGAUAACUUCAAAACCAAAAAAUAACGAUCUUAUUGAUCUUACAGAUGAAGAAGAAAAGAAUAAAUCAGCAAAUGUAAAAGUCACAGCUAUAACUACAACCUCUAUAUUGGAGCAGCAAUUAAAUACGCCGAAAUAUACACAAUCCUUCCAAAGAGUAAUACAAACAAUUCCAACAAACGUAGUUCCAAUUACGCAACCGGCUAUAAAAGUGAUAACACCUAACCAGCCACCAGCAACUGCCCUUGUAAAUAAUAUGAAUCCGCCCAGAGUGGCAUAUGUAAUGCAAAGUAGUACAGGCUCACCAAGACAAGUACUAAUAACAUCAAAUGCUAAUCAGCAAGUACAGAUACGACCAGUAACUACAUGUAGACCAUCUUUUUCGACUGUUACCUAUAAGACAGGAAUUGCAAAUGGUACUGUUCGGGUAUUAACCACACCAGUUCUGUCAACUAUAAUUAAGCAUCCUGCACCAUUGCCAGAUACUCCAAGUUACGCAAUGACACCUAACUGGAAACUUCCACCACCUGCUCCGUCGUUAAAGAUUUCAAAAGUCUCAAAUGGUAUAGUGCUAUCCUGGAACAUGAAUCUGUCAGAUAAAUAUGCAGAUAUUGCUAGUUACCAAUUAUAUGCAUACCAAGAAGUUACUGGUGUAAAUCCUAAUACAUCAUUGUGGAAGAAAGUGGGAGAUGUGCGGGCACUGCCGUUACCUAUGGCGUGUACCUUGACUCAGUUUUCUGAAGGUAACAAUUAUUACUUUGCGGUCAGGGCGGUCGAUACACAUUCUAGAAAAGGACAGUAUAGUAUACCUGGUAAUAUUUCUCUAUAAGAAAAAAUGUGUUACAUUUCAUGAUCUCCAUUUAUUACCCGUUAUUUCUUACUUCUGCGUUCAACGCAUAAUUGUGAUACAAAUAGUCUAUAGAUCAUUUAAAAAUAACACGGCAUAUUACAUCAGAUCUAAUUCGGCAAUAACUCCUAACUUAAUAUUUCAUUUUGAAUUCUUGAAUUUGAAUUAAAUAACUGUUCCUAUUGAUAUUACUCGUAUAAAUGCUUCCAAUUAUAUA